GGACCUGGCAGGUAUUUCACGGUGCCGGGGGUGAGGGCAACAUGCCGGCAGGGAGAGCAGGUUGGGGCCGGGGCUGGUGGCUGCAGGGACCCUUCCCAAGCCGGAUCCUCGCCGUGUGCCUGCCGCAGAGUCUGCUGCUGGUGAACCGUGCACUGGGUGCUCGGGAUAACCGCGAGGAAGAGCACGACUCCCCUCUGGCAGAUGCUGAUGCCGCUCGGAGCCGACACGGAGGCUCCGGAGAACAUUCAACGCUGUCGUGCCGCCUGCGGCACAGCCCCCUCUCGGUGACACCGCGGCAUCCCUGUGGCGUGGCGGUUCCGUCCCAUUCCGGGAAGGUUCUCACUGGGAAGCUCCGCUCCGGAGCGGCAUGGUGGGCAGAGCGCGUGAUUUCCCAAACCGACCGGAUUUCAUCGUGGGGUGCAGACGGGGCGUCCCUGUGCGGCGCCGUUCUGGCGGGUGAGCGCCGCUGUGUCCCCGAGGACCGACAUUCACGCUCGACACCCGUUGCUGGCGGUGGGUCGUGGUGCUGGGGAGGAAACUCCCGUGGGGGAGCAAAAAUCCCCUUUUUUCUCUAAAAAGUAGGGGCUGGGAGGGCUCUGGGCCCAGCAGGGGACACCCGGGGGGGGCCGAGGCUUUGUGUCUCCCCGGGGGUUGUUGUGGGUGAUUUUGCCGUCCAUUAGCAGAUGCUUUACCCGAUUCCGGGCAGUUUCAGCCCGAAGGCAGAAGCAAGGGCAGGGACUGGCCGCGCUGCUCCCAGCUUUAGUCCAGGCUUUGGGCGCUCUGCCCCGAACUCAGGUUUUUGGUGUCCCCGCACCACCCUGAUGGGGUUUACGGGAUGUAAAUCCCAUGUUUAUCCACAAAAAAAGGCAUUUCUGGCCGAGACGGGCGGCGUUGUGCCAUGGGUGUUGGGGAAGGUGCCUGGUGCAGUUUGGGUCCUGCUGGAUUGGGGGGAGCAGCCGGCGGCAGGUCCCCGUGGGGCCAAAGCCCCAAAUCCGGCCGGGUUUGGCUCUGAGGCAGCUGCAGCAAGAGGGAUGCCGGCAAGUGCCGCACUGGAGUGGAUGCUGCCGGCGAAAGGGGGUUUAAACGCCGGCGUUGCGGGGGUCACAGCGCUGUGGGGGGUUUCAGGCGCGACCCCCUUGUACCCAGAGAGGGGA